UAAUAAGGGUGGCGUAAUGUUAAAAGUUAUAUUCUGUUACCAUGUCCAAUAUAUAAAAAUAAUUAUUAGGGUAAAACUGUAUUCAUCUCUAAAUGGAAUAUAAUGCACUUUGUAAUUAUUUAAUUCUUCACUGGCUAUUUUAGAGUAUAUACUCUUUCAUUGUAGUAUCUAAAUUAUUUUUAAAACUUUAGAUUGUUGUUAAGGUUGAUUCAAAUUAAUGAUAAUUUUCAAUUAUUGUAAGCUAAUAUUUACCUUUACUUCCACAUAGCUUUCUCUCGCUCAAGAAUUUUUAUAGAUUUUUAUGAAUUCUUUAGAGAAAAUGUACAUAACCUGUCAUUGGCCUAACUAAAAUGUGUUUUAUGGUAAUAUUCUGUGUUACUCUAGAAACAUAAGUUUCUAAAGUGGAAAAAUCUCUUCCAUCUAGGUUGAGCAUGAGUUUUGAAGUCAAACAAAUCUGUCUUUAAAAUCUGAUUCUACUACUUAUUUGCUUUGUUGCUUUGGAGGAAUUACAUGGCCUUCCUAAUUAAUACCUGUUCAUCUGAAAAAUGGGGCAUUAUACUGUCUUGACAAGGGUAUUAUAAGGGAUGAGAGGAUGCAGACAAAAUAUAAAGAAUACGGAGCGCUUUGCAUUCAGGAAUACAGAAAAAACAGCAAAGUGGAGUCAAGUACACGGAACAGCUUCAUGGGCUUGAAGGAUCAUCUGGGCCAUGACCUCGGCCACCUUUAUGUGGAGACCACUGACCCACAUUUAAGUGCAGCUGUACCUUGGCCAAUGGUAGAAAAACCAACAAUGGAAAAAGUUAGUUCCAGGAAGGAAGAUACGGAAAAAGAGGUGUCUGAAGAGAAUGCAAGCUCUGGUGACUCUGAAGAAAGCACAAAUUCUGAUAAUGAGUCAGAACAGUUGAGUAGUAUUUCCGUAGAGCCGUGCUUAUUAACUAAGACUCACCGACAACUCUGUAGAUCUCCCUGUUUAGAGCCCCAUGUACUCAAAUGCAGUGAAAUUUUGCAAGACUUUAAAACUGAAGAGUCCCAGACUACAUCCAAGGAAGCAAAGAAACCCCCUGAUGUGGUACGAGAAUACCAAACAAAACUGGAGUUUGCACUUAAGUUAGGUUAUUCCGAAGAACAGGUUCAGCUUGUGCUAAACAAACUCGGUACCGAUGCUUUAAUCAAUGAUAUAUUGGGAGAACUGGUCAAACUUGGAAAUAAAAGUGAAACUGAUCAAACAGUUAGCACAAUCAACAGUAUAAUGCGGGAAACGUCUUCCCUGGAAUCUCAGAGGUCUGAAUCUCCAAUGCAAGAGAUUAUAACAGAUGAUGGUGAAAAUCUGAGACCAAUAGUUAUUGAUGGCAGCAAUGUAGCAAUGAGCCAUGGAAACAAAGAAGUAUUUUCCUGCCGUGGAAUAAAAUUGGCAGUAGACUGGUUUUUGGAAAGAGGCCACAAAGAUAUUACAGUUUUUGUUCCUGCUUGGAGGAAAGAGCAAUCCCGACCUGAUGCCCUCAUUACAGAUCAGGAAAUUUUACGUAAAUUAGAGAAGGACAAAAUCCUGGUGUUCACGCCAUCCCGACGUGUGCAGGGGAGGCGAGUGGUGUGCUAUGACGACAGGUUCAUUGUGAAGCUGGCUUUUGAGUCGGAUGGUAUAAUUGUGUCCAAUGACAACUACAGGGAUCUGGCUAAUGAAAAACCAGAAUGGAAGAAGUUCAUAGAUGAGCGGUUAUUAAUGUAUUCAUUUGUCAAUGACAAGUUCAUGCCCCCUGAUGAUCCUCUUGGCAGACAUGGCCCAAGCCUGGAUAAUUUUCUGAGGAAGAAACCUAUUGUUCCUGAACACAAAAAGCAGCCUUGUCCAUAUGGGAAGAAGUGUACCUAUGGACACAAGUGCAAAUAUUACCAUCCCGAAAGGGGCAGCCAGCCUCAGCGGUCAGUGGCUGAUGAACUUCGUGCCAUGUCUAGGAAUACAGCAGCCAAAACUGCAAAUGAAGGAGGACUGGUGAAAAGCAACAGUGUUCCCUGUAGCACUAAGGCUGACAGCACUUCUGAUGUCAAACGAGGUGCUCCAAAGAGGCAAUCAGAUCCAAGCAUAAGGACUCAAGUCUACCAAGACCUAGAGGAAAAGCUUCCCACCAAAAACAAAUUGGAAACCAGGUCUGUACCUUCCUUAGUUAGUAUACCGGCUACUUCUACUGCAAAACCCCAAAGCACUACAUCUUUAAGCAAUGGCCUUCCAUCUGGAGUUCACUUUCCACCUCAGGAUCAAAGACCACAGGGACAAUAUCCUCCAAUGAUGAUGGCAACCAAAAAUCAUGGAACGCCAAUGCCUUAUGAACAGUACCCAAAAUGCGACUCGCCUGUUGACAUUGGAUAUUAUUCCAUGUUGAAUGCAUAUUCAAAUCUGAGCAUCUCGGGCCCACGGAGUCCUGAAAGGCGUUUCUCCUUAGACACCGAUUAUAGAAUAAGUUCUGUAGCUUCGGACUGCAGCAGCGAAGGGAGCAUGAGCUGUGGGAGCAGCGACUCCUAUGUGGGGUACAACGACCGUUCCUACGUCAGUUCUCCCGACCCACAACUAGAAGAGAAUUUGAAGUGUCAACACCUGCACCCUCACAGCCGCCUUAAUUCCCAGCCCUUCCUGCAGAAUUUCCACGACCCCUUAACCAGAGUGCAAAGUUACAGUCAUGAAGAACCAAAGUACCAUCACAAGCCUCCUCUUCCACACUUGGCUAUGCAUCUGCAGCACCCAGCUGUGGGUGCCCGGUCCAGUUGUCCCGGUGAUUACCCCUCUCCUCCAAGUUCAGCACACUCUAAGGCACCACACCUGGGGAGGUCUUUAGUGGCCACAAGAAUAGACAGCAUUUCCGAUUCUCGGCUCUAUGACAGUUCACCUUCAAGACAAAGAAAACCUUAUUCCCGCCAGGAUGGGCUGGGAAGUUGGGAUAGGCAGAGUUACGGGAUUGAUGCAUAUGGCUAUCGGCAGACUUACUCCUUGCCUGAUAACUCCACACAGCCAUGCUAUGAGCAGUUCACCUUCCAGAGCCUACCUGAACAGCCAGAACCUACCUGGCGAAUACCAUACUGCGGAAUGCCACAAGACCCCCCAAGGUAUCAAGACAACCGGGAAAAGAUUUUUAUCAACUUGUGCAACAUCUUCCCACCUGACCUUGUGAGAAUUGUCAUGAAAAGGAAUCCUCACAUGACAGAUGCCCAGCAGCUAGCUGCAGCCAUUUUAGUGGAGAAAUCACAGCUGGGUUAUUGAAAGAUGAUGCAUCUUUGUGGUGUUUAGUAGUUUUUUUGUUCAGCUCAAAUGCUGAGGGAGGUUUGCUACAAUAGCACACAUGAUCUCCUUCUCAGCAAGGAGGUUAUAUAGUAUCCAUUUAUGUGAAAUACUGUAUCAUGGAAUCUGUAUGUAUAGCCCCACAUGGUGGAAGUAUCACGGGAUUGCUUUACAUUCAAACAUUUUUUUAACGUUUCCUUUUUAAAGCUAUAUCCUUGGCUGGAAAUUUUUCCAGUUUGAUUUAAUAGAUGUAUCUGUGAUCUUUGAUAUUAAUCUUUGGUGCAUCAGGGGUUUAUAUGCAGCACUUUUUAUCCUUGUUUCAUGUUUUAUUACCUUGGUGUUUGUCUAUCAAUUGCAAGCAAUUACAAUACCUACAGAAUGUUGAACAUUUGACUAGACCUAGCAAACUAUUUUUUCAAGCCAAGCUUAAUUAGAAUCUUUUACAGCUUUUUAAGUUGUUUUUAUUUGGGGAAAGUGGGCUUCUUUGUGCUAGAAUCAUUAUUUAUAGAAACAAAGAUAUACUACAGCACUGACUUUAUAUUUUAAACAAAAUGUAAGUUACCAGUUUAUGUUGAAAUGGGUAACAGGAUAUAUUAGAAUGAUUUACAAGAUGGCACUUUUUUUUUUUUUAUAUGUUAAGUAAUUAGUUAAUUUAAUAUGGUUGGUUUAAAGGAAAGCAGAUGCAAUCAGUGGAAAAAAUAUUUCCAUUUUUUAUACGAAUAAGGCAAAAGCUAUAACUGUUACAGUUAGAGCUUUGAUAUCCAGCUAUUAUGUGCUUCUAGACAGUAGAAAUGGAAUUGAAUUCCUAGAUUUUCAUUAAUUUGUCUUUUUAAUGUGUCUGUCUUUUUGUUUUGGGGCACAACAAUACUGGAUAAAAUAACCCUUUCACAGUACUUGCCUGUUUUUAAUGAAUCUAAUUAUUCUCAAUGCAACUUUUAUAUUUAAUAUACUCUUCAGCUUUCCUGCUAUUUAUCAAGGCUGGCCUGAGGUGGUUUAUGUGUUGAGGAUAUGCAACAUUUAUUGAUACUGCACUAUAGAAAUGGCGACAGAGGAGUUGUAAAUGGUAACUUAAAUUUUUUGUAAGAUACUGUAUAUUUUCCAUUUUCCUGAAGGUAGUUUUUUUGGGGCCUGUUAUAUUAUUAAGGCCAGAUUCUUGCCACAAAUAGUGUAGUUUUAGAUACAGACUGAAGUCUGUUCUAGUAUUAGUAAGGGAUAUUUCUGGUUCAAAGCCAUGGGUUUUGCUAGAUGCGAAGACGUUUCUGUGGGUCGGAAGAUAGAUGUUGGCAAUCAGUGGCAGAUAGCAGUGUGAUUGACAGCGCUUGGACUGUUGCCUCCGGCUUUUCAAUUUUACUCAGUGUAACAGCCUCGUUCAGGUCGGUUUCUGUAGUCAGCCUAGAUGCCCUGGUUAUUCUGAUUUCUCUACUUGCUGCAGUUUGAAGCCCUGAAAAGCCAGAAAGGACCUUUUACUGUUGAUACAAAUUGUAUCUUUUUAACUAUAAGAACUAUUUUGAUUUGUAGAGCUAGUUAAAACACAAAUGUGUAACUGUGGUUAGACUUUUGGGCAACAUUUUAUCCCUUAUUUAAAUAUAAAUUUUUACAGUAAAAUUGAGGUCUAGACUAGGGUAGAAAAUAACAGUAACAAUUUAGGUAAAUAAAAAGCAUCUGUCUUAGUUUUAUAUACUAUAUUAAAAUAUAUUAAAUUUAUUGGCAUUUUAUUUCUCCUAAAACUUAUCUAGUGUGAACUUAACUUAAAAUAAAGGUAAAAUGCUGCCUGAAAAUAAUGUCCAAGCACCUUUGACUAGGAUAACAUUUUCACUACUUGUGUGACACUGUGUGUUGCAUGAAGUAGGAUUUGGGUAUACAGUAAAUGCUUCUAAAAGGCAUUGUGCAUAUUGACAUAUCCAAUAAUCUGAACCGUGUUCAGCAAACUUAAUUCAGGAAAGUGGUGUUCUACACAAUUAUUGCUGUUGUUUUUGCGGUGAGUAUGGCGCUCCUCUGUACCCAGAAGUGGUACAGGUGAUGCCACACACACCAUCCUGAGUGGCGUCUGUCUGAGAGCAGCCCUGCUCGUGAAAAUCGUUCUCCUUGAUUUUGUUGGUCACUACCUGUAGAACAAGCUUAAAUGUAGAGGCUAAACCAGUGCCAGAAGUAGGGUUACAAAUGUGUAGUAACUGUUAUUUUAGUCAUAUUCUAAGAAUUUUUUUUUUUUCGUAUGAACUCACGGUUUUAAAUUGUACAUGGCAGCCUUUGUUUCAGUUGCUUCAUUUUACGUUUUAAUUACUGACGAGUCUGCUAAACUUAACGGAGCUCUUUGUUGAAGUGAAGUCGUAGGUGACUGUAUACCACACUUUUAAUUUGGCCUUCCAGCGUUUUUAGCGGAUUGACUACAUGUCAGUUGCUUCACUGAUGUUUAAACCAUGGAGAAAUAGUGUAGUCUGCUGCCACCUGUACUGAUGUGAAUAGCUCUGACCAACACAUACUGAAACCCUUCAGUAACAAUUAAUUUUGAGUUAAGAAAUUGCAGCUUUCGUAUGUCAAGAGGACAAUUUGUCCCUUUAUCUUGAAGCACCAACGUUGCUUUCAGAGCUUAAGAAUGAGAUAUUGGCAGAUUUUAGGUACAGCGGUUUCUUAAUUCUCCAAAGCAAUAAGUAAAAGGAUCCAUCAUUAAAUUAAAUCCACAGCUGAUCCUAAACCUUCAUUUUAGCCAAAACUUUCUUCCUAAUCCAGUCAUUUACCAGACUUGCUAAUAAGUAACUAGAGAGAGGUUUGUUAGUAAGUAGUGAAAUUGCCAGAAGUGGUCAACUGAUAGAAGAAAAAGGACUCAGAUUGGAAUAUUCUGCCCCUGAAUAAUUGACAGUUGACUGUACUUUACACAGUAAUUAGCCAGUUCAUCGUCUCUGUGUCUUAGUACAGAGGGAAUCGUACUCAGCUGGCCAAAUACUGGCCCUUAGUAUUUCCUCCUUUCUUGCAUGUGAUACAUAAAUUUUCAAUCUUAUUUUUAUGAUCUGUAUAUCCUGAUAGAGUUUGUCAUUGACCUAAACAUUUAAAAGAAAUGCACACCAGUAUAAGAAGAUUUGGUGGAAACUUGAGCUUUGUGUUUUUUAUGAAAAUUCAUUUAUGAGAAUAUAUAAUAUAAAAGAAUGUUUUAUAUCUAUCUAUAUAUAGACAUACAUACCUAUUUGUUAUGAAGAAUUAAGAAUGGGAGGGGCGUGCUUUUGAUGGCUAACUUUUCCCUGAUUGGACUAUGUUCCUUUGAGAUGUGGACAACCAAUCCUGGGGUCUGGGUGACCAAUGGUAAGAUUUAGAACACUUGAAUGGAAAGCAGAUUCUUCACUGGUUUUAUUCCUGGUCUUUUUAAAUAAUUAUUUUGAUAAUUUUAAUAGAACAUGUAAUUUUAAAAAACAAAAAGGCUUAAAGUAGUAUUGAUUAUACAAAUAAUUAUUUAACCUGUCUUUUAUGGCUGUAUCUAUAUGUAUAUAGACAGUAAUAUAUUUAUAAAACAGAUGUGCUUUGGUUAUGUUGUGGCUAUUAGUUUGUGAUAGGUGGGAGGGUAGCUAUGGGAUGUGUGUGUGUGUGUGUGUGUGUGUGUUGAAAAUCCUCAGCUGUUUUUCCCCCCGAUUUAAUGGCAUUGACUCUAAAGUAUAUUUGAUUUUCAUUAUUCUUUCUGCUAACACUUAUUCACCUCCCUCAUUGCAGAUAAAAUAAGAUGUACAGUUUUUUGGCCAUUCUCUUGAUGUUUGGCUCAUCUAUUUGGUUAUCAUCCAACUCCUGAAGAAUUCCUGGGUGACUGAAAUGAAAACAGUUUAUGGGCAGAGAUAGUGCUUCUGUCCAAAUAGAUGAAAGAUGAACACAGCCAUUAAGUUUCCAAGGUAUAUACCAAACAAUAAAAUGAAGUAUAAAAAAGAUAGAUUACAUAUUAGAAUAAGAGAAACCAAAGUAUUAAUAAAAGUAGAGAAACAUACACAUUAUUUUAGAUUGGUCUGGGAAAGCCCCUAUAGCAAGAAUUGGCAAACUUUUUCUAACAGUAAAAGAUCAGAAGGAAAUAUUUCAGACUUUGAGAAUCAUAUGGUCUCCAGAAACUACUCACCUCUGCUGUUACAGCACAAAAGCAGCAAUAGCCAGUGUGUAAAUGAAUGGAUGUAGCUGUGUUCCAGUAAAGCUUUAUUUAUGAAAACAAGCAGCAGGCCAGAUUUGCCUUUUGGGCCAUAGUUUGCUGACUCUGCCCUAGAGGGAGAAAAACAGUCAUAUUAAGCAGUAAACCCUGAUAUAUGUUAAUAUAAGAAAGAAUUUAUUUUAGUUGCCAUUAAAUGAAGUAAUUGAUGGCUUUCCAAAGAAUAUUGAGACAGUCAUAUUAAAGCAUCUUAAUCCAUUUAUGUUUUUUACUUGGUCAUACCUUUUAUUUAUUAGAGACAUUUCUUGGGUUUAACCACACAAAAAGUAUUCUGUAAAAAGAUGUUUUAGUAAGUAUGAAUUUUUUUUUUCAUGAACUUUACAUUUCCAGCGAUAGAUGGGAAUCCCUAACCUAUCCUUGAACCAAAAAUCCUGUUGUAUUUUGAAAAUUAGCAUAUAAUCAAUUGGCCACAAAAUAUCUUAAAGACUGUAUUGAUCAUUUAUGGUUUUCUGCUGGGUUUUGGCUUCUAAUAAAUGACAGAUCAGCCAUUCUUCGAAAAUGGUUUUAAAGAAAAAUAUAUUGCAAUUCCACAUACUAUAGCUUUAUUCUCUAAGUUUAAAAAUUGUGACUAGUAUAAUUUUAGCUAUAAUGUGAGUGUAUUUGUUGUAUUGUGACUCUGUAAGAAACAAAGUGUAUCCUUGCUUUCUCUGUCUAAAUCUUCAGUAUAGAUUUUUUAGACACUGGUGAAUGAUACUCUUAAUAUGAUCAUGUGUAAUUUUAAAUUUCAUCGGGAGUACACACUGCUGAACAUGUUCAUUCUCAAUGCUUUAUAAAUUGUGUUACAUCAAUAACAAGAACAUUAAAUCAUUUUGAACAGUACCAUCUACUGAAGUAUACUUUUUUUUAAAAAAACGAAUACAACUCUAUCUUUUUAAAGUGCUGAUUGUUUUAAGUGAUUAAUUAUUUUUUCCUUUAAUGCUGUCUGUUAACCUACUUAUUACAUCUGUUACAAUAAUACUGCUGUGUAUUAGAAGUGGAUUUUUCCCUAAGGUCCUUACUCUUUCAGAUUUAAAAAACUUCUUAAGGUUUUGACUGCUGGCAGUAGCAAAUGUCCAUGCAUGUUUUCAUCUAGUUUUACAAAACUGGGAAAAUUUCACUUUUUAAACCUUGUACCUAAUUUGCCAGUUUUCUGUCCAAGAAUUUCAGAUGAGUAACAAAACGUUCAUUAAAGCUUUUCCCCCUUUCUUAAAUCAGCUUAUGUGUCAAGGGAAAAAGUCAUUGAAGAAAAAUGGUUGGUUUUUAUAAAAAAUCUGUUUUAGAUUUCCUUCACUUCUUUGAAAUUGUAAAUCUCCUACCUAAUAGGACAUUCCCACAAACUGCAGACUUGCGCAGAGCGCACCAGAUCGCUGACUUACCUUCUUCUUUUAGGCUUUUUCUCCCCAAACCACAGCUGUAUACUGAUGGUCGGAUUUCGGAUCUGAUCCCCAAGCUUUUUUUUACAGGAAAAGUAAAGCAAAGAAUAUGUUUAGAGCAACCAUCUGAUAAGCUGAUGUGAUUUUAUUUAUUUUCUGUCCUGUGUGUUUCUGUAAUGGAAUUUUUACAACUCCAAAAGCAGUAAUUUAGGCCUUCUGGAAAUCCAUAUUAAAACAGCUAUGUGAUUCUGCCACUGAGGGAAGAAAAUUAAGAAAUUCAUUUUUUCUUAUGGUGGUUCAGUUUUGUUUCAUGAAGAAAUGGAGCUCAUACAGCAGUACAGAUGCUAGAAAAUGAAAACAUCAUCCUUCUCUAGCCCAUACUUGCCUGCACUUAGAGAUUAAUAACAUUCUGAGUCUUCCACUGGAUAAGUGCAGGUUCAGUAUCAGCGUACUGUAAGUGUUGGAGCCAUAAAACUUUAUAUGAAAAUUGAAAUUAAAUGCUGAAGACAACGAGUCAUACACUAAGACAUGGUGAGAGUGAUUUCUUUCUCAUCUGUCACUAAGUUUUUGGUGAUUUUGGAUAUCAUCAGGCAUCUGGCUGAGACAAUGAUUGUUAAUAGGGGCCAUGUCCAGUGAGUUUAUACAAAAUGCUGGAUGACAUUGGCAGUGUCUUUUCUGAUGAUGAUGACUACCAAGAAAUGAGAGAGUAUUGAAAAGAUUUAUAUCAGUGGAUUAAUACUGAUAUUGUGCAUUUGGCCAACUUUGAACAGGUAUGUGACAGACAUUGGGGGCACCAAGAGAAGGGUGAGGAAGUCUGUCCCUUCAAGGAGCUCACCUUGUGGCUGGACUGGAAUCUACAAAAGUCAACUUAGUCAACAUGAAUAAGAAGGGCUUUUGAAAAUAGACCGAACAAAUCCUAAUGAAUAGAAAUGGAAAUUUGUAUGUCUUUGAUAGUCGAGCCUGAAAGACUUAGAUCACUGUUGGGAAAUGCUCUGCUUCUGAGAAAAACCUCCACAGACUUGGAAUAGAUUGUAGACUGCUUUCAGGUAUUCAGGGGUGGUGGUUCAAUCCCAGACCUGUACAUAUUUCUGUGGUAUACACACAGACACACAUGCAUACAUACACAUACAUACAUACAAUAUGUAGAAUUUGGGCACAUCACCUUUCAGAGUCUUUUUCAAUCUCAGUUAUAAAAUGAUGUCAAUACCUGUUUCAUAAGUAUGUUGUCACAAAGUAAAUAGUGGCCAUGAUGAUAAUUGUCUUAGUUAUCUAGUGCUGCUUUAACA